AGCCGCGUGCCGAAACGCGCGUGAAUUUGUGCGCUUCAAGUUCUCUGUGUUCCCAGCGCGGUUGGUGGGCCGCCACUCAUCCGCGGCAACUACCGCGCGUUUGCGGUCCGCUGCCCGCCGCCAGACGGGAGUUGGGUGCUCGUCGAGCGCUGCUGGUCCUUUGCUUCGCUAAAAGUCACGGAACUCGACCGACUUUUUUUUAGUGCCAAAGGGAGUCUGCUGACUUUGAGCUUCGUUUUCGCCUCGACUCGCAGCGGUUGGUCUCGGCCGACAACGAGGAAUUCCGUCGACUAGCCGGCGCCGCCGUGCAGCCUGUCCUUGUAAGUGACACCGACACAAACUUGCGUGUGGUUGCUACCAAUGAUAUAGAAACGGCCGGACAGAAGUAACCAAAGCACUGGCACGAUGUGGCCGACAAACUCUUGGUUUCGAGUGAACUAAAGAGUUGCAUCGUCUGCACAGAAACUGGACAUCGGAACGUUUCCACUGUGAUCUUCAACGAAAGAUAAGUUGAUGGCGUUCCCGGAAUACCGCGACUUGCAACUUCGCGAAGAUGACGUCACGACUGCCAACAGUGUCGAUGGAGCCGGAGGCCUGGCAGAGGUCUAUCCCAGCACCGAGUCGAGCCUCGCCAUGGAUCCGACCGCUACGCCAAGCAGUCACAAUGUUUCAAUGUCUCCGGAACUCCUGUGCUACAUGACAGCACUCACUGACGGUUCACAAGAUGAUUCUCGAUAUGCUGCUAUUUCUUGCCCCGUCGUUUGGGAUGGCCUGACGUGUUGGCCUCGGACGUCCAGUUCAUCUUUGGCGGUUGUGCCGUGCUUCGCGUCGCUCAACGGACUCGACUACGACACGACACAAAACGUCACGCGGCAGUGUUGGCAAAAUGGAUCCUGGGCUCUACGUUCCGACUAUUCCAACUGCCGGCCCGUUUUGGAAGGCGCCACGGCUGAUACGCAGGUUGAUGAGACGUUGUUAUACUAUAUCGGCUACGGGCUGUCACUUUGUGCACUUACCCUCGCCCUGUGGAUAUUCUUCUACUUCAAGGACCUCAGCUGCCUAAGAAACACGAUACACGUGAAUCUUAUGGUUACGUAUUUUCUCAUUUCUAUAAUUUGGAUCAUCACCGCUACGCUUCAGUCGGUGCCUUUGCCAAAUUUCCAAAGCGCAGCUUGUGGUCUCUACAUUGUGCUCACGUAUUUGAUGGGGACCAACUUCUUUUGGAUGUUCGUUGAGGGACUCUACCUCUACAUCCUAGUCGUGAAGACGUUCUCCGUAGAAGUUGUGCGGAUACACGUCUACGCAUUCAUCGGCUGGGGUUUGCCUGCCAUCAUUACUGCUAUCUGGGCGACGACAAAAUCCUACCUCAGUUCAAGGCAGCACAGCGACCUCAGCAUCUCCGAUAGCGUGUGCGUGUGGCAGAUGAAGGACCUGUAUGAUUGCAUCUUCAUUGUACCAGUGAUCGGCGUCCUCUUGACAAACAUGUUUUUCCUGGGCGAGAUAAUGUGGGUGCUCAUCACGAAGCUCAGAGCUGCGAACACCAUCGAGUCUCGCCAGUACAGGCAGUCAACUCCACCGUGGGUCAAUCCGCGUGCCUCUAACCGUAAAACAGCAAGGAAAGCUGCCAAAGCUCUGCUAGUCCUCUUGCCGCUUCUUGGUGUCACCUACAUUCUUGUUAUUUGGACGCCUACGCACAAGACAGCCAGAGUAAUAUUCACCUAUCUACAGAUUACCCUGCUAUCCACACAGGGUUUCAACGUCGCUGUACUCUACUGCUUCCUGAAUGGGGAGGUGCGAAAAUCUGUGCGACACCACCUGGAGCGUUGGAAGACUGCUCGCGCCUUGAAACGCGGCGGCAGACGUCGCUCGAGCACAUCGCGUUUUGGCGACGUCCGUGUUGCCAACUCCAAGCGAGGAAGCUGCGGAAGCUUCGCUACGACCACGACGUCGCUGGGAAACACGCGUCUCUAUUCGGCUACUGGAAAGCGCUUCAGCAACACGUCCUACGGGCCGGUGGCGCUCAAGGACGAACUGGUGUGAACGCGAUCAACCUCCCUUCACCACACGACUCAUGUUCGCAGCGAACUCUCCGACGUUCCUCGCUGAAAGCAGCACCGGUCGCCAACAUGCAGGGCUCCCUUAAGUAGGCGUCGCUCUGUAGGGUUAGCGCAGGAUGCGGCCUCUGCGUCAACGUUCCUUCGUCAGCAUCGCACCUUUACCGACAAGGAAGCAUGUGGGAACCCCCGUCUGCUUUGUAGAUAUGGACUACGUUUAAGCUAAUAGCCGCAAGCUAGGAGCCAGUGUUGUUAGCAGAAGCUGAGCAUUUAUUCCUUGUAUUUCUCAGUCAAAAAUUCCCUCUGGCGAGAAUGACCGGUUCCGUCUCAGUUAUUCUGCAGGAAAAAUUGUACCUUCAUCAACAGUGUUACACGACAGAACUUUUGAAGAAUUUUCUACCUGUGAUGACCUGCCAAAGAUUAAAGUCAAGAAGAUGGACUGUUAACAUGGGUGAUUUCGCUUCCAAAACAACUACUACGAGCACGUCACCUUGAGAACGAAAAAAACUGAAGUUCUUCUGCGAAGGAUGUGGGACUCGGAAAAAUGUGCUCCCUACCGUUGGCAUCGCUUCGUGAACAGUACAUCUUUGACAUUGUUCUCCGUGCUGAGAGUGUUUGCAGUGAAUAUUAGAGCUUACUUUCGCCAAUUCAGAUCUGCACAGCUAUGGUGCUGAGUGUUGACUGCAAAUGGUGCGUGGUGGCCAUUACUUUACCAGAGUUUUUCAUUACGGCAACGACAUGAACUGUAUAUUUUGCAUGGAGCUACAGUGUAUGGUUGUUUGUUUCGUUUGUAGACUUCAGUGUAUGUGUCAUUUCACGUGUGUUCACGUCUUAUGUUAUGACAUCAGCGAACAGGGCGUCCAUAAUGUAACGAUCCUACUGUAACGAUAUUGCUUAUUGCGCUUCGUCAGUGGCAAGAGCCACACUUCGCGUACGUAGAGGUGGACCGUUUAUUUAGUGCCCAUUGUACCUAAUACAAUAACUCAGGCUUUCUGAUGCAUCAAAAAACUCACAGAGAUCAUAAUAAAGAAAUAGCGUUGAAGGAAAGGAAUCGUUACAUUAUGGCAGUCCUGUUUAAACUACACCGAUGGUGUAAAUUCCCGCGGUGCGUGACGGCGUAAACCAUUGCCGGCUGUUUGCGAAGGAGACACACUUGCGAAUCCUCUCGUUAACGCUGAGUUAGGCAAAACAAAAAGGCGCGCAGAAAAUUUGGAGGACGCUUAAGCUUCGCCUUUAAGAGUGGAACGCGAUAGCAUUCAACGAUUCCUCACUGCUUGUCUGGUUUCCCGGCAACCGCAGCUUUACUGCGGAUGUGCGGAGGCGAGCGCCAUCUCGAUGGUGUUGUUUCUAGCAAACGCGCAGGCCGGCCGCUCUGUGAAUGUCAGAAACACUGGGAAAGGGAUUUGUGUUUCGGUUUCCACAGAACGGAAGUACAUUUGCUGGUAUAUUCAAAUUACAAUCCCACGCUAUCCUGUCUGUAGCUUGUGUUUAGGACGUACUUUAGGAUUUUUCUGAUGCAUUUUACUUUGAGGAAUUCAAUAAGUUCAUUAAAGCCACUGCGCCACGCGGAGGGCCUGCGUGGUUGUGGUUCGUAUAGAUUUUUCGCUAUACGACUUCCAAUGCGUGUGCCUAUUAUUCGACUUCUGAGGGGACAUCAAAGUUGCGCGCCUGCACACAGACUGCAUGCAAAUAAGAGAUGAUUUCUUCCUUGGUGCAAACCAUCAUUCUCUUGGGGUGCUAUUCAGAAAGGACCUAGUAUAGAGACAGGCGACGCUUUCAGCUGAAUGAACGAAUGCUUAAACACUUAAAAGGCGACCCAGGGCAAUACAAAUUAGGUUGGCUAACGCCACUAAAGCGCUAGCGAAUGAGCAGUUGAUGUAAUCCGGUCCCAUGGCGGCAGGGAAAAAAAUCUAGGAGCUUAACUUCAACACUGAUUAACGGACACCAAUGGCAGCAUUGAACUAUUCCAAAAGAUUUUCCCGGGGGUCAACCGUGGUUUCCUUAUAUGCGUAGGGCGCGCUACGGUUGCAUCAGUGUCAACUAUAUUAGGGAGGCUGCUUCCUCUGGUCCAAGUUAUAAUAUAUAUGUAAUACGCGAAAGGCAUCUAAAGCUGGCAGUAAAAUUAACUAAUACAUGCUCGUGUUGAGGUCUAGGACUAUGAAGCCGGCCUAAUUGCCUUUUAAUACUAUAAAAUCAUCGUUUCAGCGGGAGCGUUAGAACGACGUUGUUAGGAUUGACACUGUCAAUGAAAACAAUGCCCGUAUUUAUUAAGCUUCUCUUUCGUAAGUGCCUUCCACGAUUCACGAUAACCGCGGCGAACACCUCGUGAACACGCAUUUCGCUCAUCAGAUUAGAGAGUCCGCAAGCCAGCGAAUGAGAAAAUUAUCUUACGUAAGAGAAGUUUUGUCACUACGGGCAGGGAAGGUUAGAUAACUGCUUUCAAAAACACUGUCCUCAUUGAAAGAAAUAGGAAGCUAUAUUAUGCCUUUAUUGACCGUAGACACGAAUUUAACGAGUCAAUGACUCCUAUAUCACAUUUCCAGGAGGUGUGACUUGCAUUUCGUGUACAAAGCACCUGCCUUAAGCAAUGAACAGUUCUAGUCAGCCUCGCACAGCCAACGUAACUAUUUUAACAGGAGCUUUGCUCUGGGCACCGAUCAUUGUUACAAACUUUGCAUCUUUGCGAGAAUGCGCCAAUUGUAGCCACGUUGUUCGUUGUUUUGUGCUGUGAAUUGUGAUGAACCAUGAAUGUAUAUUUUAGUAAGUAAAUGUCAUUUUU